AUGUCUGAGCGCCAGAACGGAACCGUCAAGUGGUUUAACGAUGAGAAGGGCUACGGCUUCAUCACCCCCGAGUCCGGUGCCGACCUCUUCGUCCACUUCCGCGCCAUCGAGGGCCAGGGCUUCAAGUCCCUGAAGGAGGGACAGCGCGUCACCUUUGAAGCUGUGCAGGGCCAGAAGGGAAUGCAGGCGGACAAGGUUCAGGUCCAGCAGGAUUAA